AUGGGAGAAAUUAUUUAAUUGAAUUUUGGAGAUAUCGGAAAUAAUGUUGGACACUAAUAUUUGGAAAAAUUGAUAGAUGAUCAUUAUUUAGAUGAUAAGAACAUCUCGAAGAAGGAUUAACAUAGACAAAAACUUCAUGUGUCAUUCGAAGAGUUAAGGAAUAAUUAAUACUAGUUUAGAGGAAUAUUUGAUAAUUCAAGCGAUUGUAAUAUAACAAAUUCUAUUAUAGAAUCCAUCAAUAAACUAUUAACAUCUCCUGAAUGUGAAUACAUCAAUAAUGACUUAUUAUUGUAGAAUAAAAAUAGAAAUAAAUCCGGUACUUUUUCAAACAGCUAAAUAAACUUUAAAGAUUAAGUUCAAGAUGAACUGUUUGAAAAAUUGACUCAUCAAAUUGAGAGAUGUGAUAACAUUUCUGGAUGUCAUUUUGUACAUUCUACUUUUGACAAUUCAUCAGGUUCAUCUGCAUCGGCAAUAUCUGGAUAUAGGGAUAGAUAUUUCGAUAAAUUUUGCAGUACUUUUUCGAUCCUUCCAAACAUUGAAAUUACCAAUACGAUUGAAAUUUAUAAUACUGCUUUUUCAUUACAUAAAUUAAUUGAGAUGUGCGAAGUGGUUAUGAUAUUUGAUUAAAGAGCUUUGGAAAAUUAGUUGAUAAAAUUAAGAUAAUAAUGCACUUUUGAAAAUUGCAAUAACGUUAUAGCUGAAUGUUUAUUAUAAGUGAAUUGCUCUUAACGUUUUCCUGGAUAUUAAAAUGGAGACUUAAGAAAACUGUCUACUAAUCUAAUUCCUUUUCCUCGUUUGCAUUUCUUAACGUGUGCCUUUUCAAUAAUUGAUAUUAGCUCAGAUUUAAAUGACUAAUUAAGCAAUUUAAGUCUCCCCAAUAAUACUUAUUUCUCCUUUCGAGAUGCUACCAGAAAUUUGUACUUUGCUCAAGCAUUGAUUACAAGAUGCAAUUCUUGUAAUUUAGAUUUUUAAUAAGCUUCGUCAACAUUUUCAAAUAAAAUAGAAUGGAUAGCUGAUGCUUUAUUUCAUAUAAAUUGUAAGAUUGAGAAUAGAAACCUAGGAACAACAGUUAUGCAUGUUGGGAAUCAUAGAGAUUUGGGGCAUAGCUUCAAAAUACAUAGCGAGAUAUUUACUGCGAAUUUUAGAAGAAAAGCUUUCUUACAUUAUUAUUUAUAGGAUGGAAUGGAUGAAAUGGAAUUCACUGAGGCUGAGUCAAAUCUCAAUGAUUUUGUCUCUGAAUAUUUUGAAUGUUGUUGUGGAAUAUCGGAAUACGAUGAAGAGGAGUAAGAUUACGAAUAGGAUUUAUGA